AUCCACGGACAGUCGGAGCAAUUGCUCAAUUGUGUUCAGUUCGUUCGAAGAGGCGGUUACGCUUGCAAUUGGCCACCUUUUUUUUUUGUUGUUGUUUAUAUAUCUAGAGGAAAAAGAAGUGGGCGACAGCGAAAUGAGCGGACAAUCAGCACUGAUGGCCAACCUGGCCGAUGUGGUCAAGGAGGCCAAGGAUGAGGAGAUACCGAUGCCCAAAUCGAAUGACUUCUUUGAGUCGAAAACCUUCCGCCUGCUCACCUUGAUGCUCUACAUGGGCGGCGUGAGUGGCAUGGGCCUCACUUUGGCGGUCUACUACCUCUUCAUCUGGGACUCCCGCAUGCCGCCGCUGCCCGUGUUCAAGCACACGCAUCCAAUUGGCUAGGAUCGUCUCGGCAGUCAGGCAGUUAGUUAGCCAUCUCCCAGCGACAUCAGUGACCGGAAUUGG